AUGGCUAAGAGUUCGAGCACAGGGAGCGCGAAGAAGAAGAAAAGUAAAGGCAAGAUAAACAAAAAGCUGAGCUCUUUAAAUUCAGAUUCAAAGAAAAUCAAGGGGCCCAAAGAGAAUCCAUUUGAGAGCAUAUGGUCGCGGCGGAAAUUCAAUAUACUGGGAAAGAUGAUGAACGACGCCGCAUUGGGCUCUCGCGCUCUCUCGCCAUUCAGCUUCAGUGCAGAAUGCCUGUUGAACUUGAUUGUUGUCAAUGUUGUCACCAGCAUAUUUGUUAUGGGAUCCAAAUUAAAAGAAAGACAAUUUAAUCCCCAUGAAGCAGAAGGUGAUCCAGAUUCAAAAUCUGCUGAAGAACAAAAUGCUCAAAAAGCGAAGGAAAAGGAAGAAAGACAAUUCACCGAGCAAUUGGACAAGGAUUUUGCUUCUUUAGUUCAGUCUGAGGCCCUCUUGUCGCUGACACAACCAAACAAAAUGAGUGCUCUCAAUUCUCUUGUAAACAACAGAAACUCAAAUGAUGCAGCAACGAAAGAGGAGGCACCCAAAAUGCAUAAUAAAGUUUCCAUUCAGCAUGAAAAGCCUGAUCACUAUGACAAACUGGUGGGUGAAAUGGCACUUGAUAUGAGGGCUCAGCCAUCGGACAGGACAAAAGCACCUGAAGAGUUGGCACAAGAGGAGAAAGAGCAUCUAGAGAAGUUGGAGGAAGAUCGUAAGAAGAGGAUGGCUGCUGGUGAUGGUGAUGAUUCCAGCAAUGAUGAUGCUGAUGAUUCAAAAGACGAUGUUGGUGAAGCUACCAAACAGAUUAGUCAUAUGUCUGGGGAUGAUCUCGGCGACUCAUUUUCUGAUGCCAUUCCAAAGACUAAAGCUGUCUGGAUUGAUGACUUACUCACAAAAAAAAGUGUUACUGAUUCUGAUGCAGAAGAUGCUCCAACUUCUGGAGAAGAAGAAGAUGGUAACGAGGAAGAUGAUGAUGGGGAUGAGGAUGAGGAGGAAGAAGGAUCUGAAGAGAGCAGUGAUGAAGAUGAAAAGGCUCAGACUCUCAAGGACUGGGAACAGAGUGAUGAGGAGCAAAUUGAUUCGGAAGACGAAGAAGACGACGCCGACAACGACAGUGAUGAUACUACGGUGAAAACCAAGGGCAAUCAAUAUAAUGAUUCAGGUGCUUUCAGAGUAAAACCAAUUGUUAAAGAGGAUGUGCAUAAGAAAGGGGAGCUUCCAUAUACAAUUGAAGCUCCAAAAUCUUUUGAAGAAUUUAGCGCCCUAUUGGAAAAUUAUUCUGAUGAUCAAGUUGUGGAAGCUAUCAGGCGGAUUCGAACAUAUAACGCGAUUGCUGUUGCUGCAGAAAAUCGGAAAAAGAUGCAAGUGUUCUAUGGGGUAUUGUUGCAAUAUUUUGCUGUUUUAGCAAGCACAAAGCCACUAAAUUUCAAGUUACUUAAUAUGCUUGUCAAGCCACUAAUGGAAAUGAGUACAGAGACCCCAUACUUUUCAGCCAUUUGUGCUCGUCAGAGGUUGCUUCGUACCCGUACCCUAUUCUGCCAAGAUAUUAGCAAAACAGGAAAAAGUUGUUGGCCAUCUCUCAAGACACUUUUCCUCAUGAGGCUUUGGUCUAUGAUUUUCCCAUGCUCUGAUUUCCGCCAUGCUGUUAUGACUCCUGCUAUCCUGUUGAUGUCUGAAUACCUUAUGCGGUGUCCGAUAACUUCUGGCCCAGAUAUUGCUAUUGGCUCCUUCUUGUGCUCUAUGUUGCUAUCUGUCAGUCGACAAUCCCAAAAGUUCUGCCCCGAGGCUAUUACAUAUUUGCAGACUAUAUUAAUGGCAGCUCUAACUAACAGACAAAGAUAUGAAGCUUCUCAGUUGUGCCAUCUUAUGGAAUUAAAAGCACUAAGGCCAUUACUCCAUAUGCAAGGACGUGUUGAAGAUAUUCAUUCUUUGGACUUCCUAACAUUAAUGGACAUGCCAGAUAAUUCUCCUUAUUUCACCUCCGACAACUUCAGGGUGAGCAUACAUAGCGAUGGGUUCAAGUCAUUCCCGGAGAUAUUUUUGCCAAUCGCAGAAAUAUUAGACGGACUGGCAGAAGAAGAUCUGAUACCCGAUGCAUUGAAGGUUGAGAUCAAAGAUGUGGCACAGCUUAUCAAGACCAAAUCUGAGGAGUUUCAGUCGCUGCGACUGCCACUGAGAAUCCGAAAGCAGAAGGUUAUCAAAACAGCAAUUCCAAAGUUUGAGGACAAGUUAUUUUCCCAUUUUAAGUAGAUUAUGUUUUGCAAGUGGUAGAGACAAAAUUGAUGAUGGGAUUGUGGAAAUGUGGAAGCUUUGUGAAGGGAAGAGAUUAUGCUCCAGAUCGGGAGCGAGUGGAGAUAAAGAAGUUGAAGAAACAACUGCAGCAGGAGGCGAGAGGCGCUGUGCGUGAACUAAGGAAAGAUAACCACUUCUUGUUUGAGGUGAAGGAACAGGAAAUGGCGCGAAUGCAGGAAGAGAAAACUGAGAUGUAUGGGAAAUACAGAGCUUUCCUUCAAGAACAGGAGCAUGCAUUUAAGUCUGGCCAGUUGGGUAAAAAUAGGAAGCGAAGGCGAUGAUGAUGGCCUCUGUUCUGGUAAUUUUCCUUUUUGGUUCGAAAACGUGGUACCCGACAGGUACUUGCUUCAUCCCAUCUGUACAGGUUCAUGGAUGAAGUUUUUGAUUUACUUCAAUUUGGAUCGAUGUUGUAGUUUAUGCUUUUACCAUGAAUCCCCCCUUUCUAACUAUAUUCACAUUAGAACUUAAUUCGUUCAAAAUACAAAUACUCAUUGUUCCAUGA